GUGAGUUUCGAUUUCAGACAAGCCAGCUCUAUCUGUUUGUAAAUAGUCCCUCGUGCAAUGGAACUCAACUCAGUGCAAUAAGUAAAUGAAGAAUUGAGCUGUGAGGGUUGGUUGGAGAGAGACAAAGAACUGAUAUGGUGGAGAUCUUGAUCCAUUAUUUUUAUUUUCCAUAUCUGAUGAGAUGCCAAUUGUUUAACCACCACGAGAUUCGUCUCUCCUCUCUUUCCUGAUGAUGUAUAUAUGUAUUGACCAGAAACGCAUGGAGAAGGCAGAACAAACAUCUUAAAGCUCUCUCAACAUAUUCUUCUUGAUCAAUAACCUAUAGCCUAAGAUCAAUAAAAAUGGCUGUCUCCUACCACGUUCGCUCUAACAGUUACCCCUCGAUACCUCACCCACAAGCCGCUCAUGUCGAUGAGCAGUUGGCCCGAUUAAGAUCUUCUGAGGAAGCCUCAACAUCUUCAAGCUCUUCUAUCUGUCAAAGACUUGACAACCUUCAAGAACUACACGAGUCUCUUGACAAGCUUAUCCGCCUACCCGCUACACAACACGCUCUAGGUCAAGAGCAGAACGAGAAAACCGUUGAGAAGCUUCUUGAUGGAUCUCUCAGGAUUUUGGAUGUUUGCAAUAUUUCCAAGGAUGCUUUGUCACAGAUGAAAGAAAGUCUUAUGGAGAUCCAAUCGAUUCUAAGAAGAAAGCGCGGAGAUCUAUCAGGAGAAGUCAAGAAAUACUUAGCUUCAAGAAAGUCCUUCAAGAAGACUUUCCAAAAACUACAAAAGUCUCUCAAGGUUUCACAAGCCGAAGACAACAACAACAAAUCUUUGGCUGUCUUCGGAGAAGCAGAAGCUAUUACAAUUGCUCUUUUUGAUUCUCUCUUUAGCUACAUGUCUGGAUCAAAGACUUGCAGCAAAUGGUCAGCCGUCUCAAAGCUAAUGAACAAGAAGAAAAUUACAUCUGAAGCGCAAUCAAACGAAUUCACUAAGGUUGACUCCGAAUUCCAAUCCGAGAAGACUUUGAAAAUGGAGGAUGUUCAGAUCCUAGAGUCAUGCAUUCAAGAUUUUGAAGAUGGACUUGAAUCAUUAUCUAAAUCUUUAAUUAAAUACAGAGUGUCGAUUCUCAACAGCUUUGGCCAUUAAAGUCUAAAGAUUUUGUACAUAUAAGAAAA